AUGUCGAAACUUCUGUUUGCAUUUGCCACUGGAAAGAUGCAGCUGGAGGCCGAACAGCUUGAGCUCUACCAAGGAUAUCAAUCUCAAUUCAUGGCUGUUGCAGUCACCAAAGACAUGCUUCAAAAUAUUGCACUCAGCAGGCCUGCACCAUUUCAGCUGAUGCUUUCCGCACAGCUGGAACAUUACAAUGUCAAGGCGGAACUUUUGGCGUAUUUGUCGUCAAUCAGACUUUCAGCUAGUACUUCACAUCUUGGCAACUUGGCGGUUGCUGGCCAGGAAACGUCUGCUGGUGUUAGAGUUGCCACGGAUAUCUUGGACAUGGCAAGCGCACAUUUUGACAACGUUGGAUUCAAAGGCAGGAAAAAAUUGUGGUCGCAACACUGCGUCAUACAAGUGAAGACCAUUUCAAAGACCCAAUUGAAGAAUGAUGGGUUUUAUCAAGGCACACUUGAUCGUAAGCAAUUAACAUUUUCCCAGUUGGCCGAGACCGUGGAGCUUGAUAUGUAUGAUGUGGAAGAUGAUCCAGAGGGGGCAGCAGAAUUUGAGGAAAUGGACAACCUUGUUGCAAAAGUUGUCGAUGUGAGAGAAGACGACAAAGCACUGCUAAAUCGGCAGGUUCUAAAAUCGAUUGACUGUGCCAUCAACCUAAACCUACCAACUGCUGAUGAAUGCUGA